AAAUUGUAAAAAGAAAUGAUUUAGGAUUUACAUAUUAUGUGCAACUGCGUUCAGAAAUAUUUAAAGACGCGCUCUAAUAUUUUAUGUCAAGGUUUUCGUAGUAGAAGGGAUGGCAUUAUUCCAAUGAAAUGAUCGAUACUUCUCGAUAAAUAUUAUUUAAAAAAUGUACAUAAAAAAAAAUUCACAGAUCUUUAUCUUCACUAAUUUUAUUCGAAGAACGUAAUAUUCGAUGUACUUGGAAAUAAACAGUAAAGUUCCAAAUUUGUAAUCCUGAGUAAUAUUGAAUUCUAAGAAAAUUGUAUUAUAAAACCGGUUCAUCAUAUUUCCUCAAUAGUAUUGGUGAUUAUUUCUGAUGCGAAGUGUAAUUAAUCUAUUACAAAUAUAUUCAUGUUCAUGAUAUAACAAUAUGAAAAAUUAUAGAUAGUAUCAGGAAGUUUUCCGAAUGCUAUUAUUAUAUAUUAUAAUCCAAGAUAUUUUAUUUUGUCAUUUGAAAAUAAUUUAAAUAUAUGAUCUUUAUUCUAAGAGUACUUUAUUCUAAGUAAUAUAGUUAGAUUGUUAAGAUAUUCUAAAUUUAAAAUAGUUAAAUAGUUUCAUGUCUAGAGAUCGUAAUUAGAUAAUAAAGUUAAAUAAUUUGUUUAUUGUAAAAUAUCUUCGAUUUAAAGAUUCAUUUCCAAGAUAUUUAUAAUUCUGAUAUUAUUUGGGCCAAAACUGAUUCUUUAUAUAUAACUAUGUAGAAUAUCUUAGUUAUUGAGCUAUUCCGUUGUCAAGCAAACAAUCAUUCUCGUUAAUUUUAAGAUCGGAUAUAGUAUUCUUAGUCGAGUUAAGUUAAACAUAUAAUCAUAGAUAUAAAAUUUGUAAGCUUUUUCCAAUAUUUUUAUUUUUAUCAUCUAUUAGAGUUAAACUUUUCUCUAAAAAGUUAACAGCUAUUUGUAUUUUCUACAGACUUUAAUUUAUUUACAAAAAAUAUAAGGAAAUGAAGACUGAUAAAUAUGAAGGCUCAAAAAUGUUGUACUCAUUGCCCGGGAAAAUUAGUUCAUCCAGAAAGUAAUGAAUCUCACGAAUGUUGUCAGCCACGAUAUAUUUCAGGAAAUUUAAGAAUAUCUUCUUUAAAUAAACAUGUGCCAGAGUGCUUUGGAAAAAAAGAAAUCAAGGAAGAUCUUUCAAAACGACUAUCACAGAAUCGAUCAGCUUGUUAUGAUCAAUUUGCUAUAGCAAAGAAGCUUCAUGCAGAGAAUUUAGAACACCAACCUCUUCCCGAUAAAGUCGAUGAUUCUGUUUUCAAGAACGUAAGAUUAGAAGAAUCUUCUGAUAAAAUUUUAUCGAAAAAAUAUUGUGACUAUUGUAAACAAGAAUUUAAAAAUCAUUGUAUGAAUGCAAAUAAACAUUAUAGACCAGUUUUAGGUUGUAAAGAGCCCAAAACAAAAAUGGAUUUAGCUAUUUGUUGGGAAACUCCAAUAAAUCCGAUUUACGAAACACCUAAGCCUAUUCAUAUUGAUGGUUCAGAAGGAAAAAACAAGAAAAGUUCUACAUCCUACCAAAAUCAAUGCAAAUUACAAGAAGAUUCAAAUUAUUGUUACAAAAAUAAAGAAGAAAACAAUAAAAAUGUAAAAUGUUAUGAUUGUACUUGCAAGGAUUUGAAUGUGAAUAUAUUGAAGAAGAAUAAAAUCGAAGAACAACCAAAAAGAGAAAUGUUUAGGAAAUGUAUUGCCUGCAAUAAAAAAAAUAUUGAUCCUAGAUUGAUUAGAUCUGCUAUUGGAUUAACAUUGGGUACUGAAAAUAAUCAAAAAGAUGAAAGUAAAUUAACGAUACCAAGACCAAAGACUCCUUUUGCUAAAAAAUCUUUUUGUAUCGAUUCUUUGGUUCCUCCCUUUAGUAUUGUUAAUAGAUAUAGAGAUGAUGAAUUUCCGGAACAUUGGAGACUUAUGUCAGUUUAUCAACAAUCAUAUAAGAAUCCAUACAAACGGAAAAUUUAUCGCAGUUAGAUUAUACAAAUUAAAUUUUAAAUUGUAAAAUAGUAAUAGAAUUAUAACAAAUAUUUUAUUUCAAAUCUUAAUGUAACGAACUCAAAUUUUAAUUUUAAACAACUUUAA